AGCAUCCCCCCACCGCUUCAAAUGUAACGAUUCAGAGUUUUCCUUUUUGAAGCAUAAAUUCAUACUACCGCGAGUCGCACGACAGUCAAAACAGACAACAUGCCACCGACUCCACAAGAGGUUGAUGAAAGGUUUGACGUUCACGCUUACGUGAGAGCAAUCAAGACGCAUCAAAAACCUGCCAAGAAAGAAUACAAACUUAAAAAGCUGAAUAUUUUUUUCGUCACUGCUUUCCACAUGCUGGCACUUUACGGACUCUUCACAAAAUUGACCGUUGCAAAGUGGCAAACCUACGCAUGGACCAUUUUCAUGAUCAACCUAAGCGGCCUCGGCGUGUCUGCUGGAAUUCAUAGAUAUUGGUCGCACCGAUCGUACAAAGCAAAACUUCCGCUGAAAAUAUUUCUCACUACCUGCUACAUGCUUGCUGGACAGUUAAAAAUCAUCCACUGGGUGCGAGACCAUCGGGUUCACCACAAGUACAGCGAGACCGAAGCAGAUCCACACGAUACGCGCCGCGGCCUGUUUUUCGCUCACCUCGGUUGGUUCAUGUGCGAAAAAAGCCCGCAGGUGAGCGAGAAGGGCCGUCAACUUGACCUUUCUGACGUUCUAAAUGACCCAGUUGCAGCAUUCCAUGACAAGCACUUUGAGCUUCUGCGGCUUAUUUUCUGUUACAUUCUACCCUCUGACAUUCCCGUCUACUUUUGGGCUGAGGACGCUUGGGUCGCUUUCCUCGCGAACUGCGUCAGAUACGUUUGGGUCCUCAACAUCACAUGGUCCAUCAACAGUUUUGCGCACAGAAUGGGACCGAAGCCAUAUGACAGGGAGCUGAUGCCCUCUGAAAACCAAUACGUUUCGCUUGUGGCACUCGGCGAGGGUUGGCACAACUACCACCAUGUGUUUCCCUACGAUUACCGUUCGUCUGAGAUGAACCACUUUCUGAACCCGACCAAAAAAUUCAUAGAGCUGAUGGCGAAGAUCGGUUUGGCCUACGAUUUGAGGACGCCGUCAGACGAGCUGGUGCGCAAGAGGGUCCUCCGCACCGGUGACGGCUCGCACGAGACCUGGGGCACGGUUGAUGGAGUGCCGGUGCUAGCCGAUUGCAGCGAACGCGGAUAUUAAAUAAGCUUUUAUAAAAACAAGAUAGACAAAAUGUGAUUUUGACCGAAUAAACUAAGAGUUAAAUAUUAAUAAUUGUUAAAUGAAUACUUCGUUCCUGUUUAUUUUAAUUGAAAAAAUGGAUUAAAGUUCACGUAAAC